AUGGCGGCGGCGACGGCGCUGGACAUCGCGGAGCUCCCCUUCUCCGACCUAGUCGUACUCCUAUCUCCCGAGACGCCUGCUGACGACGGCCGCUUCCGACGCGUUGUGGAAGCCGUCGCGACCGAGCUCGGCCGAGGCGGGUCCGGGCUGCUGGCCGUCGCCGGGGUGCCGCGGGUGGGCGCCCUCCGGCGGCGACUCCUCCCCUUGGCCCGACGCCUCGCCCUCAUGGACCACCCGAUCCGCUCCCAACUCCUCAAGAAGCAUGGUUUGGGCAGCGACGUGCCUUUGAAGAAGCUCAAUCGGUCUGUAUCCUCGUUCGCGCAGCUUCUAAGGCACUCAGGUGAACUCACCUUGCUUGAGUCUGUGAACAACAACAACGGUUUUAAUUCUUCAGAUAAGAUACAGGAUUGUAACCAAUCCGUGGACGCUAACGGUGACGAUGACAUGGAGAAUCUUGGUGGCCUCGUUAAGGAGCUUGGUUUGUACAUGAUGGAGCUUGGGAUUUUGGUUGCACGAGCUUGCGAUAUUGCCAUCGGUAGAGGUCAGCUAGAGCAGAGCAUCACUGACUUUGGGACGGCAAAAGCGAGGCUCAUUCACUACCACUCUGAGCUGGAUAACAAUGUUAUCAGGGAUAACAGUACAAAGAGGAAAGGUUCGGUGAGUAAAGUGGCAGUAAAACCUUAUCAGUCAUGUUCUGAAAGGAGGUCCGAAUCACUGUGCCCGUGCUGCAUUAAGUCAGAAGAUGGGACUACUGUAAUGUCAAUAAAAGAAAAUGAUUCUAAGGAUGCCUCGAUUCAGGGUCAGGCGGCUGCUGAAAUUUCCCUGUUAAACCUAUGGCAGGAAUGGCACUAUGACUAUGGAAUCCUCACUGUUUUAACAGCACCAUUGUUCCUGAGCGCCUCUGAGGACGAAAACAGUUUGGUCAACCUGGAAUGUCAUCCUCCUGAUGGGCACACACACUUGCAUUUAUGCAAUGGAAGGAAGAUAUUCUCUGUUAGAUGCUCUCCUGAGAACUUCAUUGUUCAGGUUGGCGAGGCAGCAGACAUCUUGUCCCAAGGGAAAUUGAAAUCUACACUUCAUGCUGUGAGUAGACCUUUGACUUCCACAGACAUCAGCCGUGAGACUUUUGUUGUCUUCCUACAGCCCUCAUGGGACAAAACUUUAGCUUAUCCUGGUUACUCUUUAGAUGAAGGUGAAUCCAUUCUUAGCAAGGAGACUUCAGACGUCAGUGAUGGAUCAGCAGGGCCUUGUGAUGAAGAUACAUUUAUGCAAGAAAUUCUGAAAAGAAUUCCCCCUAUGUCAUCAAGGCUAAAAGAAGGGAUGACAUUUGCAGAAUUUUCUCGUCAGACAACAAAACAGUAUUAUGGUGGCAGUGGCAUCCAACAAAACAAUUGA